UUCUUCUUCCUAAAGGCCUUCCUCACAAUGGGACUGUAGAAGCCAAUCUGGAUCUGACCGAGCUGACUUGGUGGCGCAAUGGAGGGACUGGAAGAAAAUGGAAGUGCUGCCCAAGUUGGGGAAUUGUUGCCUUGCAAGAUUUGUGGAAGAACGUUCUUUCCAGUAGCAUUAAAAAAACAUGGACCUAUUUGCCAGAAAACUGCCACUAAAAAACGGAAGACUUUUGAUUCAAGCAGACAGAGAGCUGAAGGAACUGAUAUUCCAACAGUAAAACCUCUUAAGCCUAGGCCAGAACCACCAAAGAAACCAUCUAAUUGGAGAAGAAAACAUGAAGAAUUCAUUGCCACCAUAAGAGCAGCUAAAGGACUUGAUCAGGCACUUAAAGAGGGAGGCAAACUUCCUCCUCCUCCUCCUCCUUCUUAUGAUCCUGAUUAUAUUCAGUGUCUGUAUUGCCAGAGGAGAUUCAAUGAAAAUGCAGCUGAUAGACACAUAAAUUUCUGUAAAGAACAGGCAGCACGUAUUAGUAAUAAAGGCAGAUUUUCUACUGAUACCAAAGGAAAACCGACUUCCCGGGCACAGUAUAAGCCUCCUACAGUUAAAAAGUCAAAUUCUCCUGGAACUACAUCAUCAGGAUCUUCACGAUUACCACAACCAAGUGGCACUAACAAAACUGUUGUAGGUGUGCCUUCAGGUAAAAUGUCUUCAGUUAGCAGUUCUUUGGGAAACAAACUUCAGACCUUGUCUCCCUCCCACAAAGGGAUAGCAGCCCCUCAUGCAGGAGCUAGCGUUAAAUCUCGAAAUACCACACCACCCAGUUUGGCAAGAAAUCCUGCCUCAGGUGUGCCUACAAGUAAAAGAAAAACAUAUACUGAGAGCUACAUAGCCAGGCCUGAUGGAGACUACAUAUCUUCACUUAAUGGCGGAAACAUUAAAGGUAUUGAAGGAAAUUCAUCUGGAUAUUUACCAAAAUUCUGCCAUGAGUGUGGAACCAAAUACCCUGUUGAGUGGGCAAAAUUCUGCUGUGAAUGUGGCGUUCAAAGAAUGGUUCUUUGAACAAAAUCCACAAGAAAACAAGCUAAGUCCAGAGUUUUGUGACUGUUGCUGCGUGGACGACUAGAGCACUUCCUCUAGUUAUUUAGUACUAAAAAUAUUCAGAAUACCUGUUCCAGUAGUUUUUGGAGCAUAAUCCUUUGGCUGUGUAAUGUGUGUAUGUGUGUAUAUAUAUGUGUGUACAUAUAUUGUAUAUAAUAAAUACCUGAUACUCCAAACUGCCAUUCAAGGAAAUAUUCACUUACCUGUCAGAAAAUAAUUUCAAAUGGAAUCAUUAACUUAGCUGUUAAUUUCUCGUUGUUGUUAAGUGCAGUUAAGUAUACCUCCACAAACUUUCAAAUUCUAGUGUUUAGCCAAACUUUAGGAUGAUUAUUACUUUGAGCAAAAAAAUACACAUUUUUCUUAUUGGUGCCUAUCUUUGAGUAGUAUCAUAGUAGUUGAGAUGCUUGGAAUUUUGCAAUUUAAGAUAAAAUUUUUAGUUAUAUUACUUAUGUGAGGUCAUUUUCCUAUAGAGCUCUUAAACACCUAAUUUUAUAAAUCUUAAAAAAUAAGAGAGAAGAAACUCUGAGGUCUAUUUUGCUCUUUACUCAUGUAUUAAUUACAUAAUUUAAAGAUCCUUACUCUUUUUUUAAAAAAAUGUAAUUAUGCAAUUCUUUUCAGAAUGACAAGGUUGAAAUUACAAAUGUAUUUUAUCCUAUUAAUAACUGAUUAACUAUGAGUAUGAGUUAAACAUAUUCAUUCUUCCAAUUGUGUCUCCAGAAUUUCACAUUUUCUUUUCUAUAACCUCAUGUCUGAAGAUUAAUUUUAAUUUACUACUACAUUUUUUGCAAAAUUUGAAAAUACAGUUAUUUAAUGUACAAUGCACAAAAUUUCUUGCAAAAUCUUACAAGUUGAAAAGUAUUUUUUAUGAAUCUGAAUUUGGAAGAAAUUACUUUAAAAGCUUUUAAAGCAAACCACCUCACCUAAUAAAAAAAAUUAUGGUAAUUAAUCAUUAGUGUAGGUCAUGCAGGUAAAAAGUGCUUGAAUUUUAGACCCUUGAAGCAGAGUUAGAUGUAGUUAUAAGUUAAGAGAAUAUCUAGUUUUUUCGUACUCAUAUUCUCUGUCUGUGUUAAAUCUUUUUUUUUUUUAAUGGAACACUUCAUGAAUUUGCAUGUCAUCCUUGCUUGUGCAGGUACUGUGCUAAUCUUUUCUGUAUCAUUCCAAUUUUAGUAUAUGUGUCACUGAAGCAAGCAUUCUGUAUUAAAUCUUGAAACACCAUUCACAUCACAAUAGAGACAAUGAAAAUAUGUAAUUAAACAUUCACAAAAUAUUUAAUUAUACUUUAUCCAUAACCUUGACCAAAAUACAGUUUAAAUCAUUGUUAUAUUCAGUGUCACUUAAUAUUUAGUAGUAGACUUCUUUGAUUGCUUUGCAGCCAUAUUCAGUACUUCUCCAGUAAUUUCUGUUCAAUUAAACCUCAGAGAGCUUUGAUCUUACUUUAAAGGUACAGAUAUUAUAUAUUUUAGGUGGUUUCUAGCUUCUUGAUUUUGAUUCUGACCAACUUAGAAAUUUGUGGCUUAGAACUUUCUAAUUCUCUAAUUCUGAAAUUUAUGCUUAUACUUUAUAAUUUUAUUCAUUAGUAACUUUUUUUUUUUUUUUUACUUUUGCUAGAGGAUAUAAACUCAGUGCAGUGAGAAUUGCCUCUUAUUUACCUUAAAAUUUCUUUCCUGAUUUUUAUUAGUUUUUUUCUGAUUAUUUUUAUUCGAUUAUAUUGGUCAAAAAUAAAAUAAAAUUGGCCCAACACUAGAAUAAACAGUAAGAACUUUAGGAGACUAAUGGACAUAUUAAAAUUCCAUUUCAGAAAUUUCUGUUCUAUCCUAAUUUUUAUUAAUUAUAUGAAGAACAUUAAACUCUUGUUAUUUAGAACUGAGUACUAUUUUCUAUAUAAUUUUUUUCAAGUAUAUUUUUAAGAGUAUGAAAUUUUUUUGUCUGCCAAGGGAGAUGAUUUUAAAUUAAAUAAGCUGGUUGAUGUUUAUUUCUCACCAAAUUUUACAGUAGCAAAUAAAUAUUUAAAUGUACUACAUGGAAAAUGAGUUGGUAAGAAAUCUCCAAUUCCAGAGUCCAGAGAUUAUUAAAAAAAAGUAAGUAGGUGAAAUAUUUAUGCAUUACGUAACAUGUUGUGACACUGUAUUUAAAUGCAUUUUUACAUUACUUGCAUUUAUUAUUCUCAUGUUGGUUUGUUGUGCAAUUGUUCAGUUUUUAAGAAAUUUUCCUAGACCUAUGCAUCAUUUAUUUUAUUUUUAUUUAUGUUCACAGGUAUUUGACAGUGUUAUAGAAUAAAAAAUGAUUUUAAGUUUAAAAUAGAACUGUAAAAAUUGCUUAUAUAUUAUUCUGAAAUUUAUUAGCUUGAAAAAGUAAGAUUAUCGUGGCUAUUGUGUCUCUUUUCCACUGUAUAUAUUUUUUAUUGCCAGUAAUGUCUCUUCAUUUUUCAAUC